AUGGAAACUCUGAAGUUUCUCUUCCUAUCCUUCGCUGCUUUAGCAGUAAUUGUUCAUGCCAAUAUGGACGAGUUCGACGAAUACUGGAAGCAGCGAGCGGAUGAAGCCAAGGAAAACACCCUUCAGGCUUAUCGCCCUGACCCCUUCAACGUCACCAACCAACUUAAUGACCAAGUUACCAAGGCCCUGAUGAAUUACAACAGCACUAGAAGGAACCUGCUGAGGAAACAACAUAGAGGUCCAUGCAAGGCUACUAAUCCUAUAGACAGAUGUUGGCGGUGUAACAGCAACUGGGCCACCCACCGGAAGAAGCUAGCCGAAUGCGUCCUUGGCUUUGGCCACAGAACAACCGGUGGAAAGGCCGGCAAGAUCUACAUUGUCAAUGAUCCUUCUGACAAUGACAUGGUUAACCCCAAACGUGGAACCCUUCGCCAUGCAGUUAUCCAAAAGGUACCCCUUUGGAUCGUCUUUGCCCAUAGUAUGGUUAUCAGACUCAACCAGGAACUCAUCAUAAGCAGCGACAAAACCAUUGAUGGUAGAGGAGCCAAUGUCCAUAUUGCUGGUGGAGCUGGUAUUACUGUUCAGUUCGUCAAGAAUGUCAUCAUCCAUGGCCUCUGGAUUCAUAACAUUGUUUCCGGCAACGGUGGAAUGAUUAGGGAUUCCGUUGAUCACUAUGGAUUGAGGACGAAAAGCGACGGUGAUGGGAUUUCCAUCUUCGGUUCCACCAACAUUUGGAUUGAUCAUGUUACAAUGUACAAUUGCCAGGAUGGGCUGAUUGAUGCUAUAAUGGGGUCAAGUGCCAUUACCAUCUCCAAUUGCCAUUUCACCCACCACAAUGAGGUUUUGUUGUUCGGUGCAAGCGAUGGCUACUCCGGUGAUACUCUAAUGCAAAUCACGGUGGCGUUCAACCACUUCGGUAGAGGAUUAGUGCAGAGGAUGCCUAGGUGCAGAUGGGGUUUCUUCCAUGUCGUCAAUAAUGACUAUACUCACUGGCUCAUGUACGCCAUUGGUGGUAGCCGCAAUCCAACCAUCAUCAGCCAAGGAAACCGAUUCAUUGCUCCUGAUAAAAUUGCUGCUAAACAGGUUACAAAGAGGGAGUACGCAGUGGAAAGUGAGUGGAAGAAUUGGAGAUGGAGAUCAAACAGAGAUUUGAUGAUGAAUGGAGCAUUCUUUGUUGAAUCUGGAGCCCCUCUGGUUAAGAAGCAAUUCACAAGGCAGCAGGUGAUCAAAUGCAGGCCAGGAACAUACGUCACAAGGCUUACACGCUAUGCUGGUGCACUUGAAUGCCGUGAGGGAAAGCGUUGUUAGAGUUUUCAAUUCAUGGGUUCCAUUCCAAAAAAAUUAAGAAGAAAAAAAAAAUCCUUAUUUUAGAAUUCAGGAUAGUGUACUGGUUAUCUAAAGAAGGAAAGAAAAAGUUGAGGAAUGCACGUCCACUUGAAGAAGCAGC